AUGACCACAUCCCUCUCAGCAUCAGGGAAGAUGACUAUGGAAAUAAGUGGGCAUACUUGUCCUUUCUGUAUCUGCACCACCUUUGAAUCUGAGAACUGCAGGGAACCUGGUCCCCACCAUGGAAGAUUAUUCCUGGGCAAAUAUGGCAAAAGGAGUUCUGGGCACAUCACAGGGCCUGGCCGCUCACCACUACAUCCACAAGAUGCCUACAGAGCACAAGGUCACAAAGUGGGCACCCAGCCAAAGAGUGGUCAGGACUGGGCAUGGGCCCAUGCGGGUGUGGCCAGAUUUGCUGUGCUGUAUGACAUGUGGACUCGGGAAGCAGCUCUUCUGGAAAACAAAUACCAGCUUCUUGACAGUUACUUUGAAGCCUACCAGCACACAUUGGACACUGAGGAGCUGUUUGCCUUAGCACAAGUGAUGAUGGACAUCACAUACCAGUGCCUGAGGUUUGAUCUCAGCUACACCUAUUUCAUUAAGGCCUACUGGGAGGAAUUCAUCUGCCUGAGGCUUCACCUGCAGUUAGUGAGAGGCAUCCUCAACCAGCACAUAGAGCGUCCGCGCGAGUAUGUCCAGAGGCUUUGGCAAGAGGAUCAUCUGGACAAUAGCAAUACCUUUGGACUUCCCCUUAAUAUAGUUUGCAAACAACUUAUUUCCAUCAACAAUAGCCACCCGCCUUUGAAAAAUGUUUAUCUGCUGGAGUUCCACCCUUCCCUCAGCCUAGCAACGCUUAUCCCCAGAGCCCUAGAGCAUCUCCUCCAAGAGGUCUACCAUACCUGCAAACCUGCAUCAGCCAGUGGCCUUGCCUCCCUGGAGCGACAUGUUCUGCAGCUGGCCCUGGACCUGUGGUUCACCCCAGCCAAGCCUCAGCCCUGGUACAGUGCACAGCUCCAGAAAGAUGCUGUCAAGGUUGAGCCUGGGUUUCCAAUUGGACCUCAUUCUGUCUGUUUUCAGCUAAAGGUAUGGGAGAUCCCUUUCUCGUCGGGGAGAUAGGCCUGUUGGCACUCAACUCUGCAGCAGAUGAGGACAGAAACAAGGCCAAGACUCUCAUGUGCUACUCUUGGAGAUGUUUUCCAAGCUUCUCAAGCUCUUGACCUUCUGUGACUGGCUAAUAGAAAUGAGCCUGGAGAGUGAACGGGUCAGAGGACCCCGGUGGAAUAUAAAGUUUGCAGCAAAACAUGGGGGGAAAGAGGCCAUGAGACUCCCUGCCUGCAAGCCUGCCCCUUCUCUGCUCCCAGAGCAGCCAGAGUGAGUUUUCUAAUUGGCUAACAUGAUCACCUUGCUCCCUUGUUCCUUCUCUCUUCCAAGCCUCCCCAAAUGCCUCUCUGAUCACUCAACUAGGCUAAGCCCUCCUACUGACACAAUUGAGUUUCCCCUUCAUUUGGCACAUUUCCUUUUAAUUCAUUGCUUAAUAUUGGUUUAUUGACUUUUCUGCUAGCAUAAGCUCCCCAAAUGCAAAAGCCCUAUCCACGUUCUUUACUGUGACAUCUCAUUACCUGCUAUGGGGCCUGAGCCACACCAGGCACUCAGGGAAUACUGGUUGAAUUUGCUCCUGAAUGUAAUGAAGUUGACUAGAAAGGGCCUAAAGAUGGAAGAGAGAUGAGUCACUGACAGCAUCCAGGUCAGACAGAGGUAUGGAGGGCUCAGCAGGUAGGAGAGAGACAUUAGUGAGUUAUGUUUCAGAUAUGAGGGUGAGAUGAUGGUAAGACAUCAAGUGGACAUGUUCUACAAGCAGGAAAAAUGUGUAGCUAGAGGGUUUGUUGUAAACAUGUGUGAGUGCUGUUAUGUUCUGGUCCCCACAAAAGGCCCUGUAGACAUAGAGGGUCCAGUCAUCUACCAACAACCAUUAUCAAGGGCCUGCUGUGGCCCAGGUCUUUACUGGGGACUUCAUGUGUAUCAUUUCAUUUAAUUGUUGGAAUAUUCUUAUGAGGUAGGUUACAAACAUUUUAUCAGCAAGGAAAUAGAGGCACAGUCUGUAGGAAUUGGGUAUGGAAAAAAAAUAAAAAAAAAAAAAGAAAUAGAGGCUCAGAAAAGUUAAUUUGCCUAAGAGCAUAUAACUAGAAAGUAGUGAAGGCAGAAUUUAAACUCUUAGACAAGAUAUUAUUAACCUCACUCCAUAAUUUAUGAUCCACGGUAGCAGGAAGCUCAUAAUGUAAAAAUUGCCAUGAUACAUGGUAACAAUGAUAUUCUACUGAUAUGUACAAAAUAUUAGGAGAGUACACAAAAGAGAGUAUUUCAUUCUUCUUAAGUGGCCAGGGAAAGCUUCAUAGAAGAGAGGCUGCUAUGGGUUGAUUUAUGUCCCCCCAAAAUUCAUAUGUUCAAUGCCUGAUUCCCAGUACCUCUGAAUCUGGUUUUACUUGGAGAUAGGUCUUUACAGAGGUAAUAGAGUUAAACAGAAGUUAUUAGAGUAGGCCUUAAUCCAAUAUGACUGGUGUCUUAUAAGAAGAGGAAAUUUGGGGCCAGGCACGGUGGCUCACACGUGUAAUCCCAGCACUUUGGGAGGCAGAGGCAGGCAGAUCACCUGAGAUCAGGAGUUCCAGACCAGCCUGACCAACAUCUCUACUAAAAAGCCAUCUCUACUAAAAAUACAAAAUUAGCUGGAGGUGGUGGUACAUGCCUGUAAUCCCAGCUACUCAGGAGGACAAGGCAGGAGAAUUGCUUGAACCCAGGAGGCAGAAGUUGCAAUAAGCCAAUAUCAUGCCAUUGUACUCCAGCCUGGCUAACAAGAGUGAAACUGUCUUAAAAAAAAAAGGAGAAGAUGGCUGAUCGCUAACAUCUUGGGAUUGCAGCUCCCAGCGAAAGCUCAGACUACUAGAGGAUGCCACACUUUCAGACAAAUUUUGGUCGCUCACGGAGCAGAAGAUUCCCAGUGGAGGAGCUCCAUGGGUCGCCAGCGUGACUCUUGUGGCCGGCGCAGCAGUUUCGCUGGCACUUUGGCGAGGCAGCUCUUGGUGCAGAGUAAACGGGACUGGUUCCCCUUCUGACCAAGGUUUGGAGUUCCGGGAAGGCAGAGUCGCCUAUUACGGACUCAAGAAGGAAGCCAGACUGGAGAUUCCCGGGCGGAAAAGCACCAUCAGUCUUAACGCCACUGUUCUGGCCGGUGCAGUGGGUUGCUCAUAUUUCGGCCCUGGGAAUUAACAACCUGGACGUCCACUCAGAGACCUAAUUUGAAAGUUGGUAAUUACAAAGAUGACAGGUGGAUAAAUUUACAAUGAUGGGAAGAAACCAGCAUAAAAAGGCUGAGAAUAUUCAAAAUCAGAACGCCUCUCCCUCUAAAGAGGAUCACAGUUCCUCAUGAACAAGGGAACAAGACUUGAUGGAGAACGAGAGCAUCCCAUUAACAGAAUUCAGGUUUCCAAAGAUGGAUAAUAAGAAACUUCUGUGAGUUAAAAGAACAUGUUGCAGCCCAAUGUAAAGAAACUAAGAACUCUGAAAAAAGGUUUGACGAAAUCCUAAUGAGAAUAGACAACUUAGAGAGGAAUAUAAAUGAAUUAAUGGAACUGAAGAAUACAGUGCAGGAAUUCCGAGAAGUUGUUAAACACUCGAAUUGUUCAAGCAGAAGAAAGGAUAUCAGAGGUAGAAGUCCAACUUAAUGAAAUAAAACGAGAAGACAAGAUUAGAGAAAAAAGGAUAAAAAGGAAUGAGCAAAGUCUCCAAGAAAUGUGGGACUAUGUGAAAAGACCAAAUUUACAUUUGAUAGGUGUACCUGAAUGCGACGGAGAGAAUGAAUCCAAGCUGGAAAAUAUUCUUCAGGAUAUUAUUUAGGAAAAUUUUCCUAACCUAGCAAAGCAGGACAAUAUUCAACCCCAGGUAAUACAGAGAACAUCACAAAGAUAUUCCUCAAGAAGAGCAACCCCAAGGCACAUAAUCGUUAGAUUCACCAGGGUUGAAACUAAGGAGAGGAUACUAAGGGCAGCCAGAGAGAAAGGUCAGGUUAAUUACAAAGGGAAGCCUAUCAGACUUACAGCAGAUCUCUCAGCAGAAACUCUACAAGCCAGAAGAGAGUGGGGGCCAAUAUUCAACAUCCUUAAAGAACAGAACUUUCAGCCCAGAAUUUCAUAUCCAGCCAAACUAAGCUUCACAACUGAAGGAAAAAUAAAAUCUUUUAUGAACAAGCAAGUACUCAGAGAUUUUAUUACCACCAGGCCUGCUUUACAAGAGCUUCUGAAAGAGGCAUUACACACAGAAAGAAACAACCGGUAUUAGCCUUUCUAAAAAUAUACCAAAAAGUAACGAGCAUCAACAUAAAGAAGAAUUUACAUCAACGAAUGGAUCAAACAGCCAGUUAACAUCAAAUGGCAGUAACCCUAAAUUUAAAUUGACUACAUCCCCCAAUUAAAAGAUGCAGCCAAAACCCAACGGCAUGUUACAUCCAGACCCAUUUCACUUGCAAGGAUACACAAAGACUCAAAACAAAGGGAUGGAGAAAGAUUUACCAACCAAAUGGAGAGCAAAAAUAAAUAAAUAAAUAAAAAGCAGGAGUUGCAAUUCUCGUAUCUGAUAAAAUAGAUCUUAAAGUAACAAAGAUAUAGUGGUAAAAGGAUCAAUGCAUCAAGAAUAGCUAAUGAUCCUAACACCCAGAUACAUAGAGACUUAGACUCAAUGAGACAGAAAAUUAAUAAGGAUAUCAAGGACUCGAACUCAGAUCCGGAACAAGUAAACUUAAUAAAUAUUUAUAGAGCUCUCCACUUCAAAUAUACAAAAUAUACAUUCUUGUCAAUACCACAUCACACCUACUAAUAGGUUUAAAUGAAACAUUGAUUGGCCAUUAUUAAUACCCCUUUUUUUUUUUAGAAUAAAGCAACAUUUCCCUUCUCUCUCCCUCUUUUUCUUCCUCUUUCUUCCUCUCCUUCACUCCUUUUUUUUCUUUCCUUCUCUCAAAAAAAGAAAAAAAAGAAAUCAACUUGUAGACCUCUAGAUCCAUGUCGGCAAUGUCUCUCUCAUUGCUCGAUUUCCUUCCUUCCCUUCUCUCCCUCCCUCCCUCCCUCUCUUCCUUCGUCCCUCCCUUCCUCCUUUCCUCCCCUGCUGCCUUCCUCCCUUAAAAAAAAAAAAGGAGAGGAAAUUUGGACACAGACACACGCAGAGGGAAACCAAGUGAAGGCACAGGGAGAAGACGGCCAUCAGCAAGCCAAGGAGAGAGAACAGGACCAGAUUCCUUCCUGAGGGCCCUAGGGAGGAACCAAUCCUGUCCACACCUUGAUUUCAGACUUCUGUCCUUUAGAACUAUGAGACAAUAAAUUUCUGUUAUUUAAUAUUUUGUGCGUU